CAACAGUGCGCGGUUUUUGGAGAAGAGUACAGUCUCUGUCAACGAUGCCCUGGAUUACCUCCUCCGCCAAGCCCGCGUCCGCGACUGGAAUUCUAUAGUCAGUGAUUGCCACAGUGUAAUUUUUGACUUCGACAACACUCCCUUACGCGACAAAGUCUUCGUCGAAAGCAAC